AUGCCUACAACGAGCAUCCAGGCAGCCAAGCUCACCAUCCCUGGAACUGAUCUCAGCUGGCUCUCUUUCGAGCACGUGGAUGGUGAAGAGGUCGCUGUGUGCUGGCUGUGUAAACAGGUUGCACGCACGCCAGCGGAGAAAGCUGCAAAACUGGUGCGCGGCUGCGAUGCAGGGAGACUCGACAAUAUCGGCCGCCAUGCAGAUGCCAAGCAGCACAUGCGUGCACUGAGGGAGCUUGGCUAUCUGGAAGCCGAGGGGGAGGACGAGUCUCUGGCACCGAGCAUUUCGCAGUUUCGGCAGACGCUGGAGCGUUUGCCGGGGCAGGCCUUCAGAUCUGGAGUGAAGGGCGUCGGAGGCGAAGCAAAAGUUAAAAAGAUGGUCUCAUGUUUGGGCGACGCGGCUUCAAUGAUGGACUGUGAGAUCCUCAAGAACUCCUGGAGUAUUUUGCUACAAUGCGACAUCAAAGAAUUGAGGCUGGCGGUCCGGUACCAAUGCUGCACAGCGGAUCUUCAAGUGCGUCGUGGCCUGCUGGGGAUAGAAGACGUGGAAAGCAAGGCGCAUGAUCAAGUGAUGCUGGGGGUCCAGCGCUGUCUUGAAAAAGUCUGCUCCUGCAACGGGCAGCUAGACCAGGACGCCUUGUCUUGCAUCCGGGACAGGGUAGAGGUCCUGAAUGCGGACGGCGCAUCGGAUGCUCAGCUCGCACUGGCCGAGAUGCGGCGAUCUGCCUUUCCAAACAUUCUUUUCAUACUUCGGGACAAGGCACACGCUAGCCGGCGACUGCUCUCCAGACCUUGGCAUGCAAUCCCGCAGAUCCACGAGGUGUAUGACAUGAUCAUCGGCAAUGCUGCCAGCUUCACGAGCAAGAUACAACACAGUGACGUGCUGACGCGGGUUUUCCAGAGAAACAUACAAGAGAUGCAGGCCGUGCCGUCCACCGCUAAGAGGAUCAAGAAUCUCAGCCUGGCCCGCCACCGUUUUGACUCGUGUCAGAAGCCCCUGUCGCGCUUUUGCCUUUAUUUGGAGGCCUACAUCUGCACAGCCAUCGAGGCCGCUGCCGACCCCGGCAAAAAGGGUCACUUGUCUGCCCUGACAUUCUUGGAAUGGGCCACGGAAGACCGUCUGCUGCUCCUCAGCUUGCUUGCAGAAUGCGCUGAAGAGAACCUCGUGCUGAUACGCUAUUUUGAUCGUGAGGGCUGGGAUGCCGCAACACUGCAGUACCACUGCCAGGUUCACGCAUCGAAGCUUCGGUAUCUGUUUGUGCAGGGCCGCGCGUUCGAGUCUGGAUACACUGCCCACGUCAUCGCCCAGCUACAGACUGCCAAAGGCUUCAUGGUCAAAGGGGUUCGGAAGACGCUGGGCGGGCGGCCCAUCACAGACGCUACUCGGGAAAGGUGUCUGGAGAUCAUGCAGCUCUACACACGCCUCGCGCUGGAAACGAUGGAAGCGGAGAUGCCAGGCUUCGAGACUCUGGCCUCACUGCGCGUGAUGAACGUGUCUUCGGGGAGCAGCCGGGAGCAAGUGCAGGCAGACGCACAGGACUGCUGGCAGAAUUGGCUCCUUGCCGCUGCGUCUUGUGAUUUAGAGGGGAUUGCUGCUGAUUGGAAUUCUUGA